AUGAUUGUCACUUCGGCGAGGCGAGUAACAGGUCGGGUCUGGACCUUGGCCAGCUGUUACGGCCCCUACUACAGUCGACAACUCCGACUAUCCAGCUCAGAAGCUGAACCGCCCGAUGCGCAACCGGUAUCGAAAAAGAAACCUCAGUUCCGCGAUUAUUUCGUCACCCAUUUACCGUCGUCAUCACUUCACCCCGACCCUCGGGGGCCAACUUCACCCUUUCAUAAGCUCCCCCGAUCUGCGUCCGUCCCUCACACUGGAGAUACAUCACACUCCCCCACAUCUUUUCAGCAAUUCAUUGAUCGCGAGACGACGGUAGUGAGGAUCCCUCUACGCAGCGCCAAGCAUCACUAUGGCGCCGUCACUGCCCGCGGCACUCGUCCAGCCAAUGAAGAUGCAUACCAAGCCGGAGUGAUUGAUAUACCAGCGUUUGCGAAGCGUCCUCCAACAUCAGUAACUAUCAGACGAACAUCAUCCCCGCGCGAGUCCCGCGCAGCAGACACAGCGAAUGGCGAUCCACAGAUAUUUUACUUUGGUAUAUUCGACGGACACGGAGGAGCGGAGUGCAGUGCAUUCUUGAAAGAAAACCUGCAUGAAUACAUCCAAAACACAGCCGCUGAAUUCGAGAUCAAAUCCAGUCUUGGGAUACCUCAAUCACUUCUAAGCCCAGGCGAUUCGUCCGGCUCACUACCAGUGAUGCAGGAGGGCAACCGACGAAAGAUCGGGGACCUAGAGAAGAGCCUUGUGAACAACUGGAGGCGGCUAGUAGGUGGCUACUUCAAGAGAUUCAAACCUCCAUAUUUCUCAUACUAUGGGGCUGACUCUGUGGAUACCGCAUCUAACGACGCAGUGUCCGUCGAGGAAGUCAUGGAAUAUGCUUUCUUACGCGCCGAUUUGGACUUCGUAAAAGCCCAGGCAGCCAAGAGAGACGACGACAUGGCCUUAGCAGAGAAGCCUCUCAACGAGAACGAGAUACUUCAUUCUCCCAGUCUCACCCGAACCCCGCAGAUUGGCGGUCGCGCCCGAUUCAAGGGUGGGAGCACCGGAAGUAUUGUUCUGAUCUCUACUCCCAACCCGACGCCAUUCUGGCAUCCCGCUGGUCAUUCUAGUCUCCUCGUCGCACACGUCGGCGACACCCGAGCCCUCCUUUGCUCAACAGCUACCGGCGAAGCUAUCCCUCUAACCUCCAACCACCACCCGUCGUCACCUAUCGAAGCAGCCCGUCUCCGUCGGUAUGCCGCGACCUUUGUGACCGAUUCCUUCGGUGAAGAACGUAUGAGUGGACUUGCCAAUACUCGAGCUUUCGGCGACGUGCAAUCUAAGCGUAUUGGUGUCUCUGCCGAGCCAGAGGUCAACCGGAUUGAGAUGGCGCCUGCUGAAUUCUCAUUCAUCGUAAUGAUGACCGACGGCAUUAGCGGCACGCUUCUCGAUCAAGAGGUUGUUGAUAUUGUCAAGGAAGCUAGGACUCCCGAACAAGGUGCUCGUGAUGUCGUCAGCUUUGCUACCGAGGUCACUAAAGAGGGUGAUAAUGCUACUUGUCUCGUUAUUCGCCUUGGUGGCUGGGAGCGGCGACUAGAGGGAGGGGUUGGUAGUUUAGGAACGAAGGAAUCUCGAGAGUGGCGGCGACAGGAUGCCACUGAUCCGCGCAGGUCACGGACAUGA